UAUUGAUUUUCUUAGGCCAGUAGCUGAGUAGCAUGAGUUUGAGCUCUAGUCGUUUUCACUCCGACGCUCCUUCCAAUCGGCCUGUACUUUCACUUCAAGUUCUGAUUCUCCAUUCCUGACCCUUACAGAUUUGAUUAAUCGGACCUUCUGUGAAUCUUCUUGUAUCGUCUUCUUCCUCAAGGAGAAGCAAAACAAACCAACGUCUCCGUAUAACAAAUUCAUCACCUGAAAUGGAAAUCCUCUUUGUCCUUUUAACCUUCACACUCUUCUCGUUUCUGGGUCUCUUCUUCAUCUUCUCUUUUCUCCUCCUUGUCUCCCUGUACGCCGGGAAGUCCAUCGGAGACCCAAAAUACGCCCCCGUCAAAGGCACCGUCUUCCACCAGCUCCUCUACUUCAGUAACCUCUUUGAUCACCAGGCGGAAGUCGCCAAAACUCUACCCACUUUUCGGCUUCUGGGUCCGGGAAUGAGCGAACUGUUUACCACCGACACGGGAAACGUCGAGCACGUUCUGAAAAGCCAUUUCAGUAAGUACAACAAGGGCAAGCGUGAUGAGGAUCUUAUGGUUGAUCUUUUUGGGCGGGGGAUUUUCGCAGUCAACGGGGAAACGUGGAAGCAGCAGAGGAAGCUCGCGAGCUAUGAGUUCUCCACAAGGGUUCUUAGGGAUUUCAGCUGCUCUGCUUUCAGAACCAACGCCGCCAAAUUGGUACGGAUUAUUUCAGGACUCUCCAAGGAGAGUGUGGCUUUUGAUAUGCAAGAUAUAUUAAUGAGAUGCACGUUGGAUUCUAUAUUCAAAGUCGGGUUUGGAGUGGAACUGAAUUGCCUAGAGGGAUCAAGCAAAGAGGGGAUUGAAUUCAUGAAGGCUUUUGAUGAGGCAAAUGCUAUAAUUUCCUGGCGCUAUGUGGAUCCCUUUUGGAAGCUAAAGAGGUUUCUCAACAUUGGCUGUGAAGCUACCCUCAAGAAAAAUGUGAAAGUAGUUGAUGAUUUCGUGCAUCGAGUGAUUAGGAUCAAAGAAGAACGCUUGGCUAAUCAGCAAGAUCAAAUUGAUAAAGAGGACAUACUCUCUAGGUUUCUGAUGGCAAGCAAGAAGGACCCCACAAUGAACGAUCAGUAUCUGAGGGAUAUAAUUCUGAACUUCAUGAUUGCAGGCAAAGACACUACUGGCAACACUCUAUCAUGGUUCUUCUACUUGCUCUGCAAGCACCCUCUCAUCCAAGAGAAGGUUGCACAAGAGGUGACAGAAGUCACUGGCACGCAGGAAGGUAAGCCCAACAUACAUGAGUUUGUGGACAAUAUAACAGAAGACAUCCUUGAGAAAAUGCAUUAUCUUCAUGCGGCUCUGUCGGAGACUUUGAGGUUGUACCCUGCAGUUCCAGUUGAUGGAAGGACAGCAGAAGUAGAUGACAUCCUCCCUGAUGGCUACGCUGUGAAAAAGGGCGAUGGAGUGUACUACAUGUCCUAUGCUAUGGGUCGCAUGACCUACAUUUGGGGUGAGGAUGCUGAGGAAUUUCGCCCCGAACGAUGGCUCAAAGAUGGAGUUUUUAAGCCUGAAUCUCCGUUCAAGUUCAUCUCUUUCCAUGCUGGACCUCGGAUGUGCUUAGGGAAGGAAUUUGCUUACAGGCAGAUGAAGAUAGUUUCAAUGGCUCUUCUUAGGUUCUUCAGAUUCAAACUAGAAGAUGAAACAAGGAAAGUGACUUACCAUGUCAUGUUAACACUUCACGUUGACAAGGGUCUCCCUCUACUUGCAGUGCCAAGGUCUUGAUGAACGUGUUAAUGUGUGAAGCCUGGCAAAUUCACUUCUUGUGAAGGGCAUCUCUAGUUCUUCUUCACCGUGACGUUUCAGAACUGUGAUUCUCAAUAAAAGGGUGAAGAAUUAUGGUGUGUCUUUUUAUAUUUUGUGUUUAUGUACUAUCCAGCCGACUUGGUUUUUUUUUUUUUUUUCAUGUUUUGUUUUGGCUCAGACAUGUCUGCCAAGUGGUAUGACCACAUUCUCAUGUUCUCAAUGGUAAGAUUAAAAAAAAAAAAAAAAGGCGAGUGAUAAUAUAUUUAUGCGAUUGCCUCCUUUA